AUGCAGUCGAUGAAGGAAACAGCGUCGAACAUUGCAGCUUCUGCGAAGUCUGGCAUGGACAAGACCAAAGCCACCUUGGAGGAGAAGGCGGAGAAGAUGAAGACACGAGAUCCUGUUCAGAAAGAGAUGGCUACACAGAGGAAGGAAGGAAAGAUCAAUCAAGCUGAGAUGCAGAAGAGAGAAGUGCGUGAGCACAACGCUAUCAUGAAAGAAGCCGCUGGAGCUGGAACCGGAACCGGAACCGGUUUGGGUUUGGGGUCGGCCACUCACUCGACCACUGGACACGUCGGACACGGCACUGGGACCCACCAGAUGUCGGCUUUGCCUGGUCACGGCACCGGACAACCAACCGGCCACGUUGUGGAGGGUACGACCGUGACCGAACCGAUUGGAACGAACACUGGGACUGGUCGGACCACCGCUCACAACACUCGUGUCGGUGGUGGUGGUACCACUGGGUAUGGAACCGGUGGAGGAUAUACCGGAUAA